AGAGCCUCAGAAUUCUUUGUGACACAGAGACCAAGUAAGCAGCAGUUUCUAGAAGUUCUCAAGACUUUGGAUUACUGAGGAAUAAAUCAUGCCACAUUACAAGCUGACCUACUUCAAUUUCAGAGGAAGAGCAGAGUUACUUCGCUACCUAUUUGCCUAUAUGAAUACAGAGUAUGAAGACUGCAGAAUUGAAUAUGAUGACUGGCCCGAACAUAAGUCCUCUUAUCCAUUUGGAAAACUCCCAGCUUUGGAAAUUGAUGGGACUAUAUAUUACCAGAGCCUUGCUAUAGGCAGAUAUUUGGCCAGAAAAGCAGGUCUGAGAGGGAAGACAGAGCUGGAUGACCUUCAUAUUGAUGCCAUAUCAGACACCAUUGAUGACUUUGUGUCACUUUUUCCGUGGUACACCGAUGACAAAAUAGAAAUGAAGAAGUACUUGGAUAAAAAUGGUCCUACAGUCUUGUCUGGUAUAGAGAAGGAAUUGGGAGACAAGAAUUGGUUUGCAGGUGACUAUGUAACAUGGGCUGAUUUCUUCUGGGAUAUCUGCAGUGAUAGUAUUGAUUUUUAUGUACCUGACUUUGCAAAAGAUUACCCAAAGUUGGUAGCCCUUAGAAAGAGAGUGCAAGAAGUCCCAGAGAUUGCAGAAUGGAUAAAGAGACGUCCACAGACACCUUACUAAAAUAUUCUUGUUAUACUUCAGAGCCUAAUAGAAAUUCACAAAAAUGGUACAUAUAAAA